CAUCGUUUCCAUUCAGCCAUUGAACUGGGAAGACUAGGGUCCACACUGUUUUGGAGUAAGUGCGACUUGUUAGCGCUUUAACGGCGAAAAUGAUUCGAUUUGAAAUAUUUUAGACCUCGUCCUACGUUGUAUAGGGUGAGAUUAUUUGGUCGGCUGGCAUCGUCGGUAAGGAGCAGGGGUUUAAUGUCAGCAGCAGCCGCCUUGGGAGGAGGCUCGCCCUGUUUGGGCGCAGCAGCGGCGGCCAGUUGCAGCUCAGCCGGCUCUUCCUAUGCUGCCGCAGCCGGUGGAGGCGCGGGAGUGGCCGGGAGGUUACCGGCCCGAGUGCUGGAGCACAUUUUCUGCUAUCUGGAGCUCUCCGACCUGAUGCGGUGUUCACUGGUCUGCUGGCACUGGAAUAAUAUCUUAGCAGACGAGAACAGCGAGGUGUGGCGCAGCCUCUGCAACCGGAGUCUGAGUGAUGAAGCACUACGGUCUGAUGUCCUCUGCAACCUGCCCACCUACAAGGGGAAACUCAAAUCUUACCAACAUGCCCUGAGUUCUCACGACUGCUCCAGAAAUGUUUAUGUGAAGAAGAAUGGCUUCACUCUGCAUCGUAACCCCAUCGCUCAGAGUACAGAUGGUGCACGAGGCAAAAUUGGCUUCACAGAGGGGCGGCAUGCUUGGGAGAUCUGGUGGGAGGGCCCACUCGGCACCGUGGCAGUGAUAGGGAUCGCCACAAAGCGGGCAGCGAUGCAGUGCCAGGGCUACGUAGCCCUGCUGGGCAGCGAUGACCAGAGCUGGGGCUGGAACCUGGUCGAUAACAACCUGCUUCAUAAUGGAGAGGUCAACGGAAACUUCCCCCAGUGCAACAAUGCUCCCAAAUAUCAGAUCGGGGAAAGAAUACGGGUGAUUCUAGACAUGGAUGACAAGACUCUAGCUUUUGAGAGAGGCUUUGAGUUUCUUGGAGUAGCAUUUCGUGGACUGCCUAAGGUCUGCCUGUUCCCUGCUGUCUCUGCGGUGUACGGCAACACGGAAGUCACCAUGGUUUAUCUGGGAAAGCCUCUGGAUGGUUAGGGGCAGACUGGCCUGUGCCCUCAAACACAUAAGCUCCUGAGAAGCCUCCUUUUGCAGCAGGACCGCUGACUCCUCUGCCUACUUGAACAGUUUAUGGUUGAGGAGGUCAGAAGGUUCUUCAAACUUCAUUAUGACAUGGAAAGAAGUGUUUCUCCAGCAGCUGAACAUAAGCUCACAGCAGUGGAAACAAGCAGGAAAAGCUUUGGAUGUCAUGAACUUGUUAUCGCCUUGGAAACGUCCACUUUUACAGUUUGCUGCUCGACCCAUUUGUGGACACUUCAGUUUGUUUUAUAAAAUUAAAACCGUGCUAAAUGAUGACCUGAGACUUUAUGUCUGCUUGAAUGAGGCCAAAACUUCUAAACUGUGGCAAAAUCCAACUUUGAGUGUUAUCAAAAGUUGUUUGGUGUAAGAAUGAGUGGAAACACUCUGGUUUAGCCAAUUUUAACUAUAAUAUCUGAAUUAUACUGAAUUAAUGCCAAAUGGUUGUACCCUGUUACAUUUUGAUAGUAGAACCAGGAGGACAUGAGGACUUUUGCAUGAACUGUGGACUGAAGUAUUCCUCCUUUUAAAUAACCCAUCAAGUAAUGGUGUCAACUAAACCUGUUAAACGUGUCCUUCCUAUUGUGCUACUGUAGUAAACCUUAUUUAUUUGUGAUUUAAUCUCUGGUACUAUUGAUACAGUAUGGUUAUGAAGCCUGGAAAUAAAGUCAUUUUGGUGCCACUGGUAGAAGAAGGAUGUUGUGUUGAAUGUGUGCUUCACUCAUAAAGCCUUUACACCAGUCUGUUAGUGUGUCUGAACAGCUUUGUAACAUUUAAUUUGUGCAUCAGCUGGUCACUAACGGCACCAGCAGAAGUGGAAUCUAGUCAGCCGCUUUGGUUUGGUUUUUCUUACCCUCAAAUCUAACGGAGGCUGAUUAGAAACUCUUCUAUUUCAUAUAAAUAUCAUCUAUUAAAUUAAUCACACUAAAUUAUUUGCUCAGAUGAGGGAAAACUUACUUGUAUCUAACUUUCUGUGAGAUUUAAGUUUGAAACUAUUGUUCUUGCUGGUUUAUUUUAUGCUAACAUUCAGGGCUGCUCAGUUAUGGAAAAACAAUCAAUACUAUAUUGGUACGACACAAAAACUGAAUUCCUUUGUAAUACUUCUUAGCAUUAGAUACAUUUUUGGAAAUCCUGAUUAGUCGCAUUUACUGUGUUCUGUAACUUGUAGUGUGUAUUUAUGUAAUUAGCAUUACUAAACAUGGACGCCCCCA